CCCAUACGUUUCUUUUUUCUUAUUCAUCUCGUUGAUUUUCUAAACCCCUUUCGGUUUCUGAUUUGGGGGCUCUUGUUUUCAUCGUUCCUUUAUUUCUGUGCUCAAAAAGUAAUACCCAUUCAUGCUUUGACUUCUCUUUUUUUGGUUCAAUUUUGGCUUGGUUUUUUCAGUGACAGUGAAGGAUUUUAUUUCCUUUUUGAAAGUAAUCAUGAUAGACGAGGAUGAUUGGGAUGCUGAAAAAAUACUGGACCUUUACUUGCACGAUUACUUGAUAAAGAAGAAUAUGCACGAGACGGCGGAGCUAUUUAGACAAGAGGCCGGUAUUUGUCACCGUUCAGUUGGGUUGUUUUUUCUUUCAGCGAUUGAUUCUCCCCAAGGGUUCCUUCAAGAAUGGUGGUCGCUAUUCUAUGACAUAUUUUCCACUAGGCAAACAAAGGUUCAAGAGCACUAUGAGACAGAAACCUCUGCUAAGGCUGAAAAACUGGAAGAUCAAUCACAAAAUCUCAGUCCAAUGUUUUCACCGCCAUUGAUGAUAAAUGAGCAAAUGGCUCGACUGGUUUCUAUUCCCAGAUACUCUGAUUCCAGCUUUCGAUUGCUUGAAACUAAUCAACCAAGGCUCCCAAACUCAUUUGCGUCCAGUUCAAGCCUUCUGCAACGACAGAUAAAUCUUGCUCAGCAUCAAGUUAAGAGGGAACAAAAUCAAGGCAUUAACUUGCGGAGUACCCUUCCUAUCAAUUCAACCACUCCCUAUGGGGCACAAAAAGGCAAACUUCCAGUGACUUGGCCUCAUGUAGCUGGCUUGAAUGAAUCAAUCGACCCAGCACCACUGAAUGGAUUGCCUUUGGAUGCACCAAACUAUCAGCAGCAAUUUCAGAUAUUGAAUUGUCAACCAGAGAAAUCAGAUAAGGGGUUGUCACUUAUGCCCAAAAACCUGACACCUGCUUUUCCUGGAAGCUCUGCCAAGUUCAAUUAUCAUAAUCUGAUCAUUCCUAAGCCAGAAACAAUUGAGAAUAACAGACUGGAUUUUAUCAAGGCUGAGGAGCAUAAACCUGUUGAUGACACCGUUGAUUCUUUUCUGUCCCAUGACGAUGAUAAUGCUGAUAAUCCAAGCACUCCUUUCAAGAUUUUAAGGCGCCUUUCUAUCAGGCCUAAUAAAACUGAACAUAAAGGCUUUACAUUUGGGGAGGUUAGUUGCCUCCACUCAUUCAAAAGCAAAGUCUUGAGCUGCCAUUUUUCUUCAGAUGGGAAGUUUCUAGCUAGUGCGGGGCAUGAAAAGAAGGUGUUGAUAUGGAAUAUGGAAACCCUUGAUUUUGUUAAAACUUCUGAGGACCAUUCUCUUCUCAUUACUGAUGUUCGUUUUAGACCAAGUUCAACCAUAUUUGCAACAUCUUCAUUUGACAAAACUGUCCAAAUAUGGGAUUCUGCCAAACCAAGCAAAUCUCUUUUCAAGCUUGUGGGGCACGCUGAACAGGUUUUGUCAUUGGAUUUCCACCCUAGAAAGGUUGAUCUCCUUUGUUCCUGUGAUAGUAAUAAUGAGAUGCGAUUAUGGAAUAUCAACCAACGUACUUGCAUUCAUGUCACUAAGGCAGCUACUAAACAAGUCCGAUUCCAGCCUCGAGUAGGAAAGUUAGUUGCUACAGCUUCAGGAAAUGUUGUCAAUGUAAUUGAUGUUGAGACAAACAAGCCUCAAUCCUGUUUGAAGGGGCAUAACAAAGAGGUUCUUUCAAUUUGCUGGGAUCCAUGUGGCAAGUAUAUAGCCUCCAUCAGUGAAGACAGUGCACGGGUGUGGUCAGUAUCUGGUGGAGAAUGCUUGCAUGAAUUGCGCUCAACAGGCAACAAGUUCCAGUCUUGUACAUUUCACCCAGCGUACUCUCAACUCUUGGUCAUUGGUGGCUACCAGUGUCUUGAAUUAUGGAAUCCAAAUGAGAGCAACAAAACAUUUGCGGUUGAAGCACACAGGGGACUUAUUUCUUCACUGGCAGAUUGUCUACAGACUGAAAUGAUUGCCUCCGCUAGCCAUGAUCAGUGCGUUAAGAUAUGGAAGUAAGCAUUCUUUCUCCAGGAGAACUCAUGCAUCUGCUUGCACAUACAGAGCAUUUCUCAAAACAAGAUGCGGCCUUUCGUGGUAA